AUGUUCUGGAAAUCGCACUGGCUCGUUCCUACUUGCAUUGAUGUUGUCGAAGAAGAUAUAUCAGUUCGGAUUCGGUCUCUUCCUCAACACAGUUUGGCCUUGAAGCCAAUGCUGGCAACCCUAUUCUAUGCUUAUUUUCACCACCAAAGGUUAAAAAAAAUGAAGUUGUCCAUCCUCGCUACGAUUGCGGCAGUGGCCAUUACAUCAACAGAAGCAUGUGCCAAGUACACGAAUUGCUGGUGCGUCAGAAACAACUUCAUGUACAACGGCGCGCUGUCAUCCAACAUCCCCUGGGAUGCCUACACCUCCCAAGCUUGCAGUGGCACUGGACAGGACGGAUACUAUGGGCCGAACUACCAGGAGUGUUAUCGAUACAAGAAGAGCCCCCUUGCAUUCAUUCCGUCUAAAGCCAUCAACAACUGCGAUUGGACCGAGGUUAGUUUGAAAUGA